UGGGCUGCCGCAAAUGAUGGUGCCAAUUUGCAGAAGGAGGUGCCCCUUGGGAGGUGGGAAAUUGAUGCGGGGUAUCACCCAUCUACAACCCCUCAAGCGAUGACCAUCUAUCGAUAUGUGCCUGCUUCAGGCGUUGACCUGUUUGAUCAUGGUUUGUUCAAGCUGUCACGUAACGAAGCUGCUGCAAUGGAUCCACAACAACGGCUGCUGCUGGAAGGGACAUUAGUCUCACGGACUGAGGCAAGCACGUACAUCAUUGCCCCUGCUGCGUCAAUCCCCUCCCCACCCGCAGGCGUGUAUGCUGGCUGUAUGUACAAUGAGUACACCAGUGUGAUUUUAUCUGGUGGUCACAAGUUACCGCCACAGGCAGUGAUUGGCACCGGUCUGAGUUACAUGGUUGGCCGCAUCUCUUACACCUUUGGCUUUACAGGCCCCUGUGUGAGUACGGACACCGCCUGCUCUUCGUCCCUGGUGGCUUGCCAUCUGGCACACAAGGGCUUGGUGCUUGCUGAGUGCAAUGCCGCGGUGGCAGCCGGCAGCAACGUCAUGCUGCUGGCAAAUACCACGGCAGCCAUUUGUCAGCUGCAGGCACUGUCCCCUGUGGGCCGAUGCAAAACUUUUGAGGCCUCCGCAGAUGGUUAUGGUAGAGCAGAAGGUGUUGCAACCCUGAUGCUUUGCCGACAGCAGCUUGCUCAGCUGCAGCAUCCCCGCACUUCUGAGACACCCUCAGUCAUUGUGCAAGGCUCCAGUGUGAACCAGGGUGGUCGCAGCAGUGGGCUCACAGCACCGAGCGGGCCCGCACAAACGGCGCUGGUGCGAACAGCGCUUGCAUCAGGCAGCUUGUCUACCUCGCAGCUGUGCAUGCUGAGUGUUCAUGGGACGGGAACACCUUUGGGUGACCCCAUUGAGGUGGGGGCUCUCAGCCUGGCGAUGAGUGGCACGUCGAGCGGAGGCAUUGCCGCUGUUACACUGUUGUCCAACAAGUCAUGUUUUGGUCAUACUGAGGGCACAGCAGGCAUUACCGGUCUGUUGUUGUCUGUUGCUGCAUUACACAAGCAAGCAGCGCCAGAAGUAAUGCACUUGUGCAACCUCAACCCC